AUAUCAAAUCAUUUUUGUAAAGGCUAAUAUGAUGGUGGUGGUCUUUUAAGUCUCUGCGGAUUUGUAAUAAAUCUAAUACAAAAGUGGUGCAGUGAGUGUAUCAGUGCCUCGUGUCUUUUCAGUUUUUUUUAAAAGGACAUCAAAACACGUUCAUUAUGUUUAGUUGGCUUAAGAAAGAAGGUGAAAAAGCGGAAAAUAUUGAAAAUGUCGUGGAAGGGCUCAAGAGGAUUUACAAAACUAAACUGUUGCCUCUUGAGCUGCACUACCAGUUCCACGAUUUCCAUUCGCCGCAGCUCGAAGAUCCAGAUUUCGAUGCCAAACCCAUGAUACUUCUCGUGGGACAGUACUCCACCGGUAAAACGACAUUUAUCAGGUAUUUGCUAGAGAGAGAUUUUCCGGGCAUCCGUAUUGGUCCAGAGCCGACUACAGAUAGAUUUAUAGCCGUUAUGUUCGACGAAAAAGAGGGCGUAAUUCCGGGUAAUGCGUUAGUAGUAGAUCCGAAAAAACAGUUUCGACCAUUGAGUAAAUUUGGUAACGCCUUCCUGAACCGAUUCCAGUGUUCAACUGUCACGUCGGAUGUACUACGCGGGAUCUCUAUCGUUGACACACCCGGUAUCCUAUCUGGAGAGAAACAGCGUGUAGAUCGCGGGUAUGACUUUACUGGAGUAUUGGAAUGGUUUGCUGAGCGUGUUGACCGAAUCAUACUUUUGUUCGAUGCUCACAAACUUGAUAUAUCAGAUGAAUUUAGGCGCAGUAUAGAGGCAUUGAGAGGACAUGAUGAUAAGAUCCGAAUUGUGCUCAACAAAGCUGAUAUGAUAGAUCAUCAGCAGUUGAUGCGUGUUUAUGGAGCUCUGAUGUGGUCACUGGGAAAAGUUUUACAAACUCCUGAGGUUGCUAGAGUGUACAUUGGCUCAUUUUGGGAUGAGCCUCUCCGGUACGAUGUUAAUCGUCGACUUUUUGAAGAUGAAGAACAAGAUUUAUUUAAAGACAUGCAGUCUUUGCCAAGGAAUGCUGCCCUGCGUAAACUAAACGACCUUAUUAAAAGAGCACGACUUGCUAAGGUUCAUGCAUACAUAGUCAAUGAGUUAAGGAAAGAGAUGCCUUCAAUGUUUGGUAAAGAUUCAAAAAAGAAAGAUCUAAUCAAGAAUCUUGGUCAGGUUUAUGAUAAAAUACAAAGAGAGCAGCAAAUAUCACCGGGAGACUUUCCAGAUAUUAAAAAAAUGCAAGAGACCCUGGCCAAUCAUGACUUCACUAAGUUUCACCCCUUGAAACCCAAGUUGCUAGAAGUAGUGGACCACAUGCUGGCAACGGACAUUGCACGGCUCAUGGAUAUGAUUCCACAGGAGGACAUCAACAUUGUCAGUGAACCUCUGAUAAAGGGUGGUGCUUUCGAAGGUGUAGAAGACCAGGUCUCACCAUUCGGUUACGGUCGAGGCGAGGGCGUGGACGCCGGCCAUGGUGACCCAGAAUGGAUCUGCAGCAAGGAGAAACCGAACUACGACCGAAUCUUCCAAUCUCUGAACCCGAUCGACGGCAAAGUGACUGGCGCCGCCGCAAAGACAGAGAUGGUGAAGUCGAAGCUGCCCAACUCUGUGCUCGGCAAGAUUUGGAAGCUCUCCGACAUCGACAAGGAUGGCUUCCUGGACGAAGAGGAGUUUGCGCUCGCGAUGCACCUCAUCUCGGUGAAGGUGGACGGACACGACCUGCCCACCGAGCUGCCCUCGCACCUCGUGCCGCCCUCCAAACGGAACUGAACGCGCUGCGGUCCGCGGGCCCUCGACCAGCACAUUUAGUCUAUUUGUAAUUUAUUGAACUUUGUAAUAGAGAUAUAUUUGUUUACUGCACUGUUG